GUCAACCAGUAGUGUACUAUCUAGCAAGUGGAUGAAAAUCCCAUGUUUUUUCUUCACGGGUUUUUUUUUCUUCCCUCAGUUUCUUGGUCACCCUGGCGGUCGGGCAACGGCAGGUGGAGGCGGAUCAACCAAUUAUCCAUACGUGGUCAUCAAUAACGGCCCACCUAACCUCGGAAUUUCUCGCGAGUGGGAAUGGAACAGGGAUACUGGUGGUCGACCGAGCUAUUGUUGUGGCCUCAGUAUCCAGGCUACAAACGCCCGAGCUUGCACUUUGCAGCCGAACAAGACUCCGCAAAACCUUCAACUUUUGCUGGACCUUGAAACUUCUUCCAGCAAGUCCAUCUCCCUUACCUCUCCACUCCCAUCUCUCGUCGUUCUGCGAUAUCUGGAAAGAUGUUCAAGAGCGGCCUUUCUCCCAUCGCGAGGGCAGCUCGCCCGGCCUCGCGCCUCGCUGCGCGCCCCAGCUUAAGACUCCCCAAAUACUCUCUCGGUGCCAGGUUCGCCAGCACACAGGGUGUCGGUGAUGGAAAGAUUCACCAGGUCAUUGGUGCCGUCGUGGAUGUGAAAUUCGACACUGCCAAGCUCCCCCCGAUUCUUAACGCCCUUGAGACCACCAACAACAACCAGAAGCUCGUCCUUGAGGUUUCGCAACAUCUGGGCGAGAAUGUCGUCCGCUGCAUUGCCAUGGACGGUACUGAGGGUCUCACUCGUGGCGCCAAGGCCAAGGACACAGGUGCUCCCAUCACCAUUCCCGUCGGCUCUGGAACCCUUGGUCGUAUCAUGAACGUCACUGGUGACCCCAUUGACGAGCGUGGUCCCAUCAAGACCGACAAGUACCUUCCCAUUCACGCUGAGGCUCCCGAGUUCGUCGAGCAGUCGACCACUGCCGAGAUUCUGGUUACCGGUAUCAAGGUCGUCGAUCUGCUUGCCCCCUACGCUCGUGGUGGAAAGAUUGGUCUGUUCGGUGGUGCCGGUGUCGGCAAGACCGUCUUCAUCCAGGAGCUUAUCAACAACAUCGCCAAGGCCCACGGUGGUUACUCCGUCUUCACUGGUGUCGGUGAGAGGACCCGUGAGGGUAACGAUUUGUACCACGAAAUGCAGGAGACCUCCGUCAUUCAGCUUGAUGGCGAGUCCAAGGUGUCGCUGGUCUUCGGUCAGAUGAACGAGCCCCCGGGAGCCCGUGCCCGUGUCGCCCUUACCGGUCUUACUGUUGCUGAGCAAUUCAGGAACGAGGGCCAGGAUGUGCUCCUGUUCAUUGACAACAUUUUCCGAUUUACUCAGGCCGGUUCCGAGGUCUCGGCUCUGCUGGGUCGUAUCCCCUCUGCCGUCGGUUACCAGCCCACCCUCGCCGUCGACAUGGGUGGUAUGCAAGAGCGUAUUACCACCACCCAGAAGGGUUCUAUUACCUCCGUCCAGGCCGUCUACGUCCCUGCUGACGAUUUGACCGACCCUGCCCCCGCCACCACCUUUGCCCACUUGGACGCCACCACUGUGUUGUCCCGUGGUAUUUCCGAGCUGGGUAUCUACCCGGCUGUCGACCCUCUCGACUCCAAGUCGCGUAUGCUUGACCCCCGUAUCGUCGGUCAGGAGCACUACGAGGUCGCCACCCGCGUCCAGCAAAUCCUCCAGGAGUACAAGUCGCUCCAGGACAUCAUCGCCAUUCUGGGUAUGGACGAGUUGUCUGAGGCCGACAAGCUCACUGUCGAGCGUGCCCGUAAGAUCCAGCGUUUCCUGAGCCAGCCUUUCACUGUCGCCCAGGUCUUCACUGGUAUCGAGGGCAAGCUUGUCGACCUUAAGGACACCAUUGCCUCGUUCAAGGCUAUCCUGGCUGGUGAGGGUGACUCCCUUCCCGAGGGUGCUUUCUACAUGGUUGGUGACCUUGCGUCGGCACGUGAGAAGGGUGAGAAGAUUCUGGCUGAGCUCGAGAAGGACGCGUAAGCCAGGAAGAGAAGAUGUUGAAACGGACCACCCUGUGAUAUUAAAAGUCAUUUCGCCGGUUGGGGGAGUCUAGAGAUGGAGGCUCUGUGUAUAGAGACGGAGACACCGAUGUUUCUCGGCGCUGUUUCUUAGCUCAAUUAAGUUUCCUUUGUGAGCUGUGUACCAAGAAUCCAAGUAAUUACUCGACUUGUUCCCACACCCUGCGAGUCUUCAAUAGUAUUGCAUAAUCCGGUUCAUUGGAUAUUUGUAUUUACAAUAAGCGAAAUUCACAUUUGCUUUUUUCGAAGCGAGUCCAAUAAAGUUUGACUUGAGUCCUCAAUUUGAUGCCCUUGUCAUUCCCCUUAGCUGCUAUGCCGCCCUUGCAUUGCAAGCUCGUGGGAGAGCGAAGCAUGUCAAACCGACCUGACUAGACUCGUAUCAUGAUGAUUUUACACCUGCCUACAUUUCAUUUGUUUCUUUAUUUCAUUAUGUAUCCCCUGGCCAGCUAUCCCUCAAUGAUUCGCCUGUCCAUAGUUACAAUAUGUAUAUUGUAGACUUGAUUUCUUGCGUAG